CAUCAUUCUCUAUGGAUGGGCUUGCCAACCAGUUUGGUCAGUCGGUUGAGCAAUCGGUUGGUAGUGACAAUUUUCGGUUGCACCAAGUCAACAUUCAUUAUCACCAGUUUCAUGACGCAACCAACGCCGAUUUGUUCGAUCCAGAUGAUGUAAAUUCAUUACUUCCAAUCAGAAUCAAAUGUGCCGCCCAUUCAUUAAACUUGGUUGGAAAAACCGAUGCAACGAAAGCACUCUCUGAUCGAUCGUAUGCGCAAAUUUAUUGUCAAUCCAUUUCAAAGUUGAAUUUGUUAUGGAAAUUUUGUGGAUACCGAAAAAGCAGUGACGAUAUAAAGUGGUAUAUCGGCAAAACUAUCAUUAGGCCGCACAAAAUCCGCUGGAAUUCGUUGUAUGACAGCAUUCACGAGAUUCUUAACAUCGAUCAGGCGAAAUUGGAUGCGUUAUUUUGUCAUCUGAAAAUCGCAAUUCUCGAUCCAACUGAGCGGCAGUUUCUACAAGAAUUUUUGAUCGUUUUGAAACCGAUUGCACGUGGACUGAGUACACUCGAAGGAAACCGGUAUUUUGGCUAUAACUUGAUAAGUCUGUUCAACAUACGAGCAGAAAUCGAGCACAUCGUUUCUUCGGUGAGACUGAAAUUCUGUAAGCCACUCUUGUUGGCUGUUCGAGAUGGUUUUUUCGCCAGGUUUAAGGAUCACAUGGACAUGAAUAAGCCACUGUCUGUUCCACUAUACUUGGCCAUGUUAUCACACCCAUCAUUCAAAAUGAAUUACAUUCGUGAGAUACGUGAAAACUCGUCAGCAUCACAUUAUCUCCACAAAUGCAUGGGAAUAUUGCUAAAAGCAAUCGAAGCCAUCGACCAGGAGGAGGAAAGCGUAAAGGAAAGGGAGCGCAUCGAAUCGAUUUUAUUGCAAGUCGGAACCACUGCUAUCGUUGAACCAACCGAUGCCACAGCAAACAAUUCAAAUGCCAAUUCUGUUUUCCACGAUUCAGUGGCCGAAAUUGACAUAUCGAAACUAUUGGAUGCGGAGUGUGGCAAAGCCGAUAUGUUUAUGUUGGAGAUAAAGAGCUAUUUGCGGGAACCGUUGACACAAGAUUUGAAAUCUUUAGAAAAACAUCCCAAUAUAAAAAAAGUGUUCUUGAAAUACAACGGCUUAAUGACUAGUGAAGCGGAUUGUGAACGAAUUUUUUCGUACGCAGCAACCACAUUGAACCCGAAAAGACGCCAAAUGAGCGACGAGCAUUUCUGCCACAUGCUGACACUAUUUGAGUUAAAAUAUUGAGCGUUGAGCGCGUCUGAACGGGGAAGGAGAAGGAGAAAUGAUGAAAUUUACAUUACACCUGACUGAGUGCGAUCAAAUUGCGACUAAACAAAAACCGAAUUAAGAUAAACGACCAUCUCAUUCUAUGUUGUUCUUCUGUUUGCCAGAACAAAAUCGAACAUCGAUAAAGUGGAUACAGUACAAUUUGAAUAAAUAUUCAAAAGACAA